UCUGUGUCGAAUCUUCUUGAUCCGGGACGUUUAAUAUUUUUGCAAGAGCUCUAUAUGAUCACACGACUACAUUUUCUGUUUUAACAAGUACCUUGGAAGAAGAUUCGAUUCAACUGCAGUGCGCAUGAUGGGAACAUUCUUUGGAAUGUUACAAACGGUGAUAUACAUGGCUGUGGCGUUAUUCUCACCGGCUCUGGCUCUCCAAACAUGUGCAGGUAUCCCACUCUGGAUGUCCAUCGUGAUUGUCGGACUUGUGGGAACUGUCUACACGUCCAUUGGUGGCAUAAAGAGCGUGGUGUGGACGGAUGUAGUGCAGUCUGUGUUCAUGUUUGGGGGCAUGGUGCUGGUGAUAGUGCUGAGCAUGGGCAGGAUCGGGACUCUUCAGGAAGUAUGGGAAAUCAACCUCCACGAGGAACGAAUACAGUUUAACGAGUUAAGCCCCGACCCCCGUGUUCGUCACAGUGUUUGGGGAAUAUGUCUGGGAGGUUUCUUCAACUGGUAUGUCAACAUGUUCAUCCAGUCAACCAUGCAGAGAAUGUGCGCCAUUCGGUCAAUGAAAGGAGCUUCGAUAGCCUUCCUACUGAACAUCCCCAUGCUCCUGCUGUACGGUGUCCUGCUGGUGAUCACAGGACUGUUCCUUGUCGCCUACUACUUCACCACCAAGUGUGAUCCGUAUGAGGCGGGACACAUCACCAACAGGAACCAGAUGAUGCCGUUCUUUGUGUUGGACGUCCUCAGCACAUACCCUGGCCUGGCAGGCCUCUACAUGUCUGCCCUCUUCAGCGGAGCGCUCAGUUCUCUGUCCUCGGGAAUCAAUGCUUUGGCCGCCAACACAGUGGAGGACGUUCUGGCAGUCCCCCUGCGCCGAGCUUCAGAGAGGACAUCCACCAUUGUUGCCAAAGUGGCAGUGUGUUUCUACGGUCUGCUGGCUAUAGGACUGGCGUAUCUGAUUCGAUCACUCCAGGGGCCCGUCACACAGAUGAUACAGGCUGUUGAUGGAGCUGCAGGUGGUCCUUUGUUGGGGAUGUUCUUCCUGGGAGCUGUUUUCCCGAAGGCAAACAAAGUGGGAGCUCUGUGUGGAGGUAUUUCAGCUCUGGCGGUUACUGUAUCAAUCAGCGUCCUGCAAAAACAACAUGGAGUUGCGACCGCGCCUUUACACCCCGCACCUCUAGACGCAUGCGCAGUGGAAUCAUAUCAAGCGAAUAGCACCAUGACAUUCACAACCCUUGAACUUCCCAAUACAACAUUCCCACAGGAUGAUAUUCAGAUAUCCCAUCCCAACACAUUGUCUGACGUGCCCUUCCACCUGUAUGAUGUGUCCUACAUGUGGUACGGCUUCAUUGGCUUCUUGGUAGCGAUGGUUGUUGGAGUAAUCACAAGCCUGAUCACGGCAAGCAGAUAUCCUCAAUCGCUGGACCCGCAACUGCUCUUCCCGUUUGCCCGGCGACUGUGGAAGGUAUCCGGUACAAGCGGGGUACAGCUGACACCUUUACCAGGGAAUGAGACUUACAUACCUUCACAGAAACACAGCCAGGAGGAAACUGUACCUACCUUCAACACAGCAGCACUGAGGUCGCAUCAACUGUAAAGUUGCACCAAGAAACAGUCAGAUUUAAGAGGAAGACGUUUUAACCACCAUGUCCAUUAACUGAAACACUCACUCCGGGAGCAUAACUGGCGGCCUUUUUGCACCUAAUGCCUUGCGUCACACUUACCAUUGUUCAUACAAUCUCUAUUUUGGUUAUUAAAAGGGUCCAACAACCUUGCGGACAUCUUUGAAAUGGACCAUGGUUGAUUAUCUAAAAAUUCCAGAAUAAACAUCAUCCCCAAAAUAUUUAACUAUCGUCACUUCCACAUUACUGCUUAC